AUGUCAACCACUAAAGUUAAACAGGACCAAAUUAAAUCAAAAAGUUUUAUGGAAAAAGUAUUUGGAUUUAGUUGGAAAGAUGUUAGUUCAUUCGAAAAUUUGGUUAAAUAUAUGUAUCGACCGACAGAUCCAUCCAGUUUAGGAAUUAUUCGAUUUUUUUAUGGUUUAUUAAUGCUAUUAGACAUUUCGGAAGAACGUGGUGGUGCUGAAAUUGAUUUACGGUGGGGAGAACCACGUGAUUGUCAUUUUCCAUUAAUUUCAUAUAUACGACCAAUGUCGCUACCGUAUAUGGGAUUAGUUUACGGAUUUCUAUGGCUAGGUGCCUUGGGUAUAAUGCUUGGAUAUAAAUUUCAUCUAAGUACUACAAUAUUUUUAAUACCAUAUUGGUAUUUAUUCUUAAUAGAUAAAUCAUUUUGGAAUAAUCAUAGUUAUUUAUUUGGUAUAUGUGCCAUAUUAUUUGUAGGAACAAAAGCCAAUUACUAUUUUUCUAUAGAUGGAUUGUUAGAUAAUAAAAAAAGAAAUGCAGAAAUUCCAUUUUGGAAUUAUUUCAUUUUAAAAACACAAUUUUUCCUGUUAUAUUUUUUGGCAGGUUUAAAAAAAACUGAUGUCGAAUGGCUGGAAGGAUAUGCUAUGACAAAUUUAUCAAGGCAUUGGGUAUUCGAUCCCUUUAAAUUAUUUUUAACAAUAGAUCAAAUAGAUUUUUUAAUUGUCCACUGGUUUGGAUUUAUUUUUGAUCUAACUGUUGGAUUUUGGAUGCUUUUUGAUUUAACUCGACCAUAUGCAAUGAUAUUUUGUGUUACUUUUCAUUUUAUGAAUUCCCGUCUCUUCAGUAUUGGAAUGUUUCCAUAUGUUUGUUUGGCUACAUUGCCACUAUUCUGUUCCGUUCGAUGGCCAAGGAAACUUGAAUAUAAAUUUAAGAAAAUUAUUCUAAAACAAAAAACACCGGUGGUCUCGAAACCCCAACCAAGCAAGGCUUGUAUUUACGACAAAGAAACAGUAAAUAAAUUUAAGGAUAAAAUUGAACUAAAAUCAGAAAUUUCGUGGAAACAUAAAUUGGUCGUUUGUCUAUUAUUGACACAUUGUGGUCUGCAAUUAUUUUUACCAUACUCUCAUUUUAUAACCAAGGGUUAUAAUAAUUGGACAAAUGGUCUUUAUGGAUAUUCAUGGGAUAUGAUGGUUCAUGCUUGGGAUACGAUUUUAGUAGUUGUUAAAGUUGUGGAUAAUAAAAGUGGCCGUGAACAUUUUUUGGAUCCUGAAGCUUGGACCUUAAACGAUCGAUGGACCAAACAUGGCGACAUGAUGUAUCAAUAUGCACAUUGUUUAAAAGAUAAUUUAAUCGCAGAAUAUCGUCAAUUGGACGAAGUUAGCAAAAACAAUCCAAAUUAUUUAACAUCGGAGAAUGUAUCAAUUUACAUAGAUGUUUGGUGUUCAUUAAAUGGACGCUUCCAGCAAAGAAUGUUCAAUCCAAAUUAUGAUCUAUUAAAUGUUAAUUGGAGUCCAUUUAAACCAAUUGAAUGGUUGAUGCCAUUACUGACGGAAUUCAGUGGAUGGCGAACCGAUUUAAAUGAAAUUCAGAAACAUGUUUAUUCAUGGUCGAAUUAUUCAGAUGUGAUUUUUGUUGCAGACUUUCCAGGUUUAUAUUUAGAAAAUUAUAUCUCACCAGAUUUGUCAAAUGUCUCAUUAACGGUAUUAGAAGGUGAAGUUUUCUUCGAAAUGGAAGACCCUAAACGCGCCCAAUCAAUUGGCAAAAAACUAUACAAAGGUCAAUCGAUACCAAUACAUGCUGGCGACUUCCAUAAAGUUCAUACAACAUCAACAACACCAGCUUCCUACAUGUACACUUAUAUCAAUCAAACUAAAAUGGAAGCUGAUUUAUUGUCAAGUCAUCAGACAAGUACGAUAAUUGAGGAUCAAAAUUAUUACCCAAUGAAAUCCCCAUUUCCUUUAAUUGAAGAUGUCAGCUUACGUAUUGAAAAUAUGAAAACUAUGUUUCAUGUUAUAAUUAAUUCUAUUUUACAUGUUUUACAUGGAGUACCAAUGGUUCGAAGAGUUAAAAUAUAUGAUUAG